UUCUCUUCUAGGUGCCGUCGGAGCUUGCUUUUGGGGAGGUCGUGCGGCAUGAUCUGCUGACCGACCCCAAAUCAACCCGGCCGCGCCGCGCAUCGAUCGUCGUCAUCCAGUCCGGCGAAGGUGGAGAGGAACCGAGAAAUUAAAGAUGUCUUGCUGCGGUGGCGCCGAGGAGGACAGCUACGGCCCGCCGGCCAACCAGGCGGUCCCACCACCCAACGCCAACGCCCCCGGUAACAGAGGCGGUCCGAGGGGGCCGGGCGCGCCCAGGGUCGGCGGCCCCGCAAAGCCCAUCAGCAUCGACGCGCCCUCCAUACCCUUGGACGAGCUAAAGAAGAUCACCAACAACUUCAGCGAGCGCGCCCUCAUCGGCGAGGGCUCCUACGGCCGCGUCUACAACGCCACGCUCGGCGACGGCCGCGCCGCCGUCAUCAAGAAGCUCGACACCAGCGCCUCGCAGGACUCCGACACCGACUUCUCCGCGCAGAUAGCCAUGGUCUCCAAGCUCAAGAACGAGUAUUUCCUGGAGCUCCUGGGGUACUGCUUGGAGGACGGCAACCGGAUGGUAGCCUACCAGUUCGCCACGAUGGGUUCCUUGCAUAACAUACUACACGGGAAGAAAGGAGUCCAGGGCGCGGAGCCCGGCCCCGUCCUCAACUGGGCUCAGCGCGUGAAGAUAGCCUACGGAGCCGCGAGAGGUCUGGAGUACCUGCACGAGAAGGUGCAGCCGUCGAUCGUCCACCGGGACAUCCGCUCCAGCAACGUCCUCAUCUUCGACGAUUUCAGCUCCAAGAUCGCCGACUUCAACCUCACCAACCAGGGCACCGACACAGCCGCGCGCUUGCACUCUACUCGUGUGCUGGGGACCUUUGGGUACCAUGCUCCAGAAUACGCCAUGACAGGCCAGAUCAACCAGAAGAGCGACGUCUACAGUUUCGGUGUGAUCCUUCUGGAGCUACUCACCGGGCGGAAGCCAGUCGACCACACCAUGCCGAAAGGCCAGCAAAGCCUUGUUACCUGGGCCACUCCAAGGUUGAGCGAAGACAAAGUGAAGCAGUGUGUCGAUCCGAAGCUCAACAGCGACUACCCUCCAAAGGCGGUUGCAAAGCUGGCGGCGGUUGCAGCGCUGUGCGUUCAGUACGAGUCCGACUUCCGGCCAAACAUGACCAUCGUGGUGAAGGCGAUCACGCCUCUCCUGAACGCACCUAAACCGGCUGCUCCGGCCGCGCCGCAAUCCUGAUCAACCAACCAGCCAGAUGACAGAAUUUAGCCAACACCGCGGUUUCCCUCUGUUUCUGAUCAUAGAUAUGUGUUUCAAGGAACCGCGCAUCCUUGCUCCAUCCAUCCAGCGCUUAUGCUUCUGUAAAGGAAAAAACAACACUGAUCUGCUGGUGCUGCAGGACACAUAUAGGGGAAUUUUUAAAAAUGUUAAUCUGCUACUCUGAAUUCGUGUGCUUCUUGCUGUAAGUUUGUGUUAUACCAUGUGCAGUUUUAGAG